AUGUGGGAGGAACAAGCGAAACACGGUGUAGAUCCAGAUGGUGCUAGAUUCUUGCGAAAGUUGUGGUGGUUUGAAGAGGAAGAGGGUGCGGAUAUCCCCUCGUUGAACAUAAAGUUUACAGACAUCCCUGGUUUUCGAGAGACUAAGCCACCUCACAAUAUAGACUCUGGUUUGAAUCCAACCAAUACUUUCUUCCUCCUAGUCAACGAAGAGGACAUUGCGUCUGUUUUAGAAGGUCCAGCGAAGGGCGAUAUUCCAUUUGUCUAUGCUGUAGACACUCGUUUUUGGGCCCCGAAUGAGGAUUAUACAGAUCAAGAUGGGAUCGAGGAUGAAGAGGACGAGGAUUUAAAAGGGAUACCUGAAAGGAGCCGUGGAAAUAUUAAAGGAAAUUUGGUAUUGCGUUUCCACAGGAAAUGUUGGCAUAGAGGAGGUGGGACCCUCAGACCAUGUGAGAAAGAUAAUCUUCACCGAACGGAUUCUAUGAAAGAGAUUUUGAUGUGGCUAUCAUUACCGUGGCGAAAUCUGAUCGUUUUAGGGGCAAGUUUUCACUUUGUGGUUAGUUCUUAA